AUGGCUCCUGACAAACGAAGAAAGCUGGGGGCAGAAGCCCCUGACCUUGUUAAAAGAGCUCAUCAGGUGGUGGCCAACAUCUCUGAGGGUUGCCAAGCCGAAAAUGGGUUUGGAGGAUUCAGCAUCUCCCUGUAUGACACCGCAUGGCUAUCAAUGGUCAGCAAAGUGGAUGCUGCGGGUGUUCCUCAAUGGGCGUUUCCUCGGUCUUUCAAGUAUAUGCUUCGCGAGCAGCAUGAUGAUGGGUCCUGGGGAACAAAUGCAUCGCCUGUGGAUGGAAUCCUAAACACCAUGGCGGGAUUGUUGUCAUUGUUGGUGCACCACGAUAUACAAGGCUUGGAAGACGAUAAUGAGUUCGAUCAUGAGCCCAUCAACUACGAGUCCAGAAUCACUCGAGCAACUGCAGCGCUCUCGAAAUCGCUCAAGGAUUGGGAUGUUGACUCGGCUCUGCACGUGGGCUUUGAAGUUCUGGUCCCCAGUCUACUUUAUCAAUUGGCACAACGAGGCGUUGAUCUGGACUUUCCGGGGAAAGCAGCACUGAUGAAACUUCACAAGCGGAAGCUGUCCAAAUUCAGGCCAGAAAUGGUGACAUCGAAGCAUCAAACAACUCUGCUUCAUUCCCUAGAAGGGCUGAUUGGAAAGGUAGAUUUUGAUCAGUUAUCCCACCACUGUACGGAGUAUGGGGGAAUGUUGGGUUCCCCGGCUUCUACGGCGGCCUAUCUCAUCCACUCAACCAAAUGGGAUGAUGCAGCGGAGAAGUACCUCAAAAAUGUUAUUCGGAGCUAUGGGGAUUGUGGAGGAGUUCCUAGCGGAUUCCCGACACCAGUCUUCGAGACAUCGUGGACAAUUUCAACUCUACUUGCAAGUGGAUAUGACAUCGAUGAUUUUGCUUCCGUGGACAUCGAGACUAUCGGAACAUAUCUGAAGCAGCUUCUUGAAAAGCAGAAGGGUCUACUUGGAUUUGCGCCCGGUUUUCUGCCAGAUGCAGAUGACACAGCCCGAUCCCUUAUUGCGCUCACAAAUCUUGGUAUUAAGGAAGACCCUUCAGCUUUGGUGAAAGGCUUCGAGGCUGUAGACCACUUUCAAACCUACAAGCUCGAACGUGAUCCGAGUUUCAGCGCAAAUGCAAACAUUUUGAUUGCCCUCCUGACAUGUGGCAAUCCUGCAGAGUAUGGGCCUCAGAUCGAAAAGUCUGUGAAAUUCCUGCUUUCGGGUUGGGAGGACGAAGGUCUGCGGGACAAAUGGAACUUGGCAUCCGAAUACACCGAAAUGCUUUUAAGCAGCGCAUUGGUUCGCCUCCUUGAAGUUUGGAGCGAAGGGCUUUUAGAGACUUUCCCAACCGAGCUCAUCAGAUAUCGGGUGCCGAUUAUACUCUGUCAGCUUUUUUCCAGGACUUUGAACCGACAAUCUGAGAAUGGUUCCUGGAGUAGCUCCUUGGAAAGGACUGCAUACAGCGUACUUUUGCUUGCAUAUAUGCUCCGUCUCCCGUGGUUGCAAUCUCUUCGCGAACUUGCUGAAGCUUCCCUGCUAAAAGGAAGAGAAUAUCUCACAGUUCACUCAAAUGAUUGGGCAGAAGGGGACUUUAUCUGGAUUGAAAAGGUCACGUACAAGUUACCUGCACUUUCCGAGACAUACUGCCUUGCAGCAAUGAAGGCCCCAACGGGAGAGAAAACAUGGACCCCGGAAGUCAUGCGGAUUUUCGAUAUGCCAGGCAAGAAGCUUUUAAAAAUGUCCAAGUUCUUCGGUCGUUUGCCCUUAUUCCAAACGAUGCCAGAAAAGACUAUGGUUUUGGCUGUUGCAGAGGCUCAUCUUUACUCGGGGCUGUUGAGAACCGUCAGACUCGACAUUUUCCCCCGAGACGAGAUGGCCAUGACAGAAGAUAAAUACCUUGAUUACAUUCCAAUCGCCUGGACGAGUGUUAACUCUGGAUUGAAGUAUCCUCUUUCCGGCAGGAUAAUGUGGGAUAUGAUGGUUAUAUCGAUGCUCAACUAUCAAGCCGACGAAUACAUGGAAUCGGUAGUCGCCAAGCUCCCAGAUUCGAGCUUGGCUGAGCUCAAAGCCACCAUUCGAGCCGAAUGCCUGAACGGAUUCUCAAACACCGAAAACUCGAUUGCUAAAUGGGACCGGGAACCACAAUCUCCAGAAUCAGAGGACAGCCGGGGCCAAUCGCACAUCAUGUCGCUGCAAGAGGUCAAUGAGGUGAUCCGGAAAUAUAUAAGACAUAUCCGGAACCACCGCUGCAUCACGAGCAUCGAGGAAAGCGCACAGAAACAGGUUGCUGCUGAAAUACACAAAUUCCUCCUCGCGCACAUGUCCCAUAACGCCGACAAUUCUCGAAUGAGAGCCCAAGACACGGAUGCAAAUGGAAAUGUCACCAGUCAAUCAUAUUUCGAUUGGGUUCGGACAACGGGCGCCCAUGACACCAGCUGUCCCUAUUCAUUCUCAUUCUUCUCUUGCCUCAUCAGUAAAGGCGGAUCAUUUGGGUUUUCCUCUAUCAAGCAAAAGUUCUUUGCCCGGGCCCUGGGCUUGCACCUGGCCACUAUGUGUCGGCAGUACAAUGAUUACGGGUCUCAGCGUCGGGACGCGGCAGAAAAGAAUUUAAACAGCCUCGAUUUCAGCGAGUUCAAUGGGGACGUGCUGGGAAACUCAAACGAUAGCAAGCAGGAUCUGAUUGAUAUUGCGGGGUUUGAACGGGAAUGUAUGCAGGUGUGUCUUACGCGCCUUUCAGCUGAAGUGAGCACGGCGACAGCGGCGCAGAUCCAGGCUUUUGUGGAUGUGACGGAUUUAUUUGGACAGAUCUACAUUGCUCAGGACAUUGCUAGUCGGAUGCAGAACUAG